AUGCCUCCGAAGAAGUGGGACGAUGAAUCGGAAGAAUCCUCUUCCGAGGAGUCGAUAGAUGUCCCAGUGGCGCCGCGACGCAAGUUCGAAGACGAGGAAGACUCCGAAGAUGUCGCAGACAACUGGGAAGAAGAAGAAGAUUCCGAAGCCGAACGAGAGAAGGCAGCAAAGGCCGCGGCAGCCAAAGCCAAAGCCGAUGCUGAAGCCGCCGCCAGCAAGAAGUCGAAAGCGCAGCGAAUAGAGGAACACCGAGAGGCAAACAGACGAAGACGCCAGGCAGAGCAGGACGAAGAAGACUCGGACGAAGACGAGGCGACCCGCCGUCUGCGGCUACGACAAACCGAACAAGAAGCCGACCUGAAGCACGCGCAGGACCUCUUCGCCGACGUGGGAUUGGGACCGAAAACCCGCUCGGCGCCCAACAAGGCCGUGAUAGUAGAGGACAAGGAAAACCCAGGCCAGACCAUCGACCUUUCCACCCUGCCCUUGUUUAGACCCGGUACCAAAGCACAGUUCGACGCACUGUCGGCUACACUAGUGCCUCUGCUCACGGCAGCUUCGUCCAAGCCACACUACCCCAUCUGGGUUGCGAAUUUCGUCAAGCAGAUCUGCGCCGACCUGCCAAGCGCAGAGAUCAAGAAGGCAGCAAGCGGCUUGACAGCCUUGAGCAACGAGAAGCUGAAGGAGGAGAAAGAACGAGAGAAGGGUGGCAAGAAGUCCAAGGCGGCCAAAACCAAGACCACACUCGCCGCGACCCGGGAUAUGGGCAGAGGUGUGGCCGACACCACGAGUUACGACGAUGAUGGUUUUGGAGAGGAUGAUUUCAUGUGA